UGACCAAUGGGGACAACGAAAUCUUUGCUCCUUUUGCCCUGAUUGGUCAAUUAAACGUUACUUUAGCCAGGGUAAAAUAUCCGAACACACCCCUACACGUGCUAUAUGUGUUAAAGGUCUUAUAUCAGCUACACCUUUCAUAAUUUUUCUCUUUUUCUUUCCAAUGGCUAACUUCGCACACCUAUUUCAUUCUGAGUACAGAAAGUGUGACAUGAUGCAGUUAUAAAGCAGAGACCUAAAGAUGGCGACGAAAAGUGACAGGAAGCGUAGAGCGGCCGAAAAACCGGCACACGAGAGCACCGCCUUAUAUCAUUGGGCUGUAAAUCUUUUGGGUCUUGGUUUCGGUUAUUUGCAUCGGUGGCAUGUAUCCACGAUCUUUGAAAAUGACCGACACUUCUCUCAUCUUUCGGAGAUCGAGCGAGAAAUGUCCUUCAGGACCGAGAUGGGAAUGUAUUACUCCUAUUACAAGACUAUCGCUGAAUCAAAAGACUUUUUCGAUGGGAUGGAUAAGAUCAGUCAUGACAAUCUAUCAGAGUAUGGAAAUGUUAUUGAUGCUAGCAGAAAGUAUAAUCUUUUACCCGAAAUUGUAGCAGGCUUUCUUUAUCAUAUUGCAAAAAGUCUUGGUAUCAUAUCACAGGAGCGAUGUUGGCAGAUAGAAAGAGGAGAUAAUUUGGCGCCCGUAACUAGCUGCGAAGGACUGGUCGUACCCGUGUACUUCUAUUUAGAGAUAGUUUGGUCUUCCUCAAUUUUCACAGCGGCGAUACUUUUUUACUAUGCGACGUAUUUGAGUAAUUCCAUUUACGGUGGAGUCCUAACGAUUCUAUUCUUCUUCUUUAAUCACAAUGAAUGCACCCGCGUUCAAUGGACACCGCCGUUGCGAGAAACAUUUGCGUAUCCUAUGUUACUCUUUCAAAUGUAUAGUGUUACAAUGGCUAUUAGAAAAUACGCAAAACACGACUCGGACAAAGAGCCAACUUCAUUAAGGAACAAGACUAGACAAGGAUUAUUCGUGGAUAUAUUUGGUUCAACAAUUUGCAGCUUGUGCACUUGGCAGUUUUCGCAUUUUGUUUUUACUACGCAAAUUAUAGCAAUUCUUAUAUUAAAGUGGCUAAGGAUUGUCCCAUAUGAUUUUUACAAAAACUUUUGUACGGCUCAUGCCUUAGCUAUCGCAGCAGCGAGUAAAAUAACAAACGGCACUCUUAUAAUUUGCUCGUUCUACACGUGUAUCAUAAUCGGCAGCAAUGUGGCCAGUUUUCUAAUGAAGUUAUCCCGAUUCCAAAACAUAAAACGAGAUAUUAUUCUCGAGAUCGCUAUAACGAUCAUAUUUACAAAGUGGAUAAAGUCUUACAUUUUAUAUUCUCAAGAUGACGCUCAUGUAUUCAAUAUAUUAAAGUCUAAAUUAACCGGCUAUAAAGACUUUCAUACUAUGCUUUAUACAUGCGCGCCAGAAUUCGACUUUCUACAAUACAAAACUUACGAAGCGAUUAUUAUGACUUUAUUGCUACCAACAGCGAUACUCGUCGGAAUGCUUGCGUUGUAUUAUUGGUACAGGAGUUUCAAGACGAGCGGCUAUCCGCUUUGCAUAGAGGCUGAUAUGGCGUAUAACGGUCUGCAAACUGGCGCUUUUAUCAUCAUGGCCAUUUUUGUUAUGAGACUGAAAUUAUUCAUGAUGCCGCAUCUUUGUAUAAUAGCUGGUGCGGUGUGUAGCAAACGAUAUCUGGAAAAAGUCGGUUUGAAAGGCGAACUCAUGCGGCUUGCCAUUUUUAUUCUUCUCUUGGGUGGUAUGUCAUAUCACGGUGUUGACAAAUUUCAAGAGGAACGCGGAUUUGUAGGCGAAUACAGCAAUAUUGAACAAGAACAGCUAUUUGAAUGGAUAAAAAAUAAUACACCAAAGCAUGCCGUAUUUGCGGGAAAGAUGUCAUUGACGGCGAACCUAAUGCUGUCCACUAGGAGACCGAUCGUUAAUAAUCCUUACUACGAGAGCAAAGAGAUGAGGGAUAGAACUAUGAAGGUUUACGAGAUUUUCAGUCGGAAAGAUGCCAUUUCUGUUUAUAAUUCUUUAAGAAACAUGAAAGUCAGUUAUAUCGUAUUAGAGGAACAACUGUGCCUUGGAUUUGCAAACUUACCACGAGGAUGUCAAAUGAUUGAUUUAUGGGACGUGGCCGACACAGGAACUGCGAAAGCCGCGAACAAGCCGCCUCUGUGUCCUUUUCUAUUCAAAGGAAACGCGCAUCCGUUCAGGAGAGCGUUUGUCAACAAUAACUACGUCGUGCUGCAAUUGGACUAUUCGCAUUACGUAGAAUUUAAACCAAAGACUUCCAUGUAGAUUUCACGAUUUCUACGUUUCAAAUAAGUAAAGAGCCCUCGAUGAACAUGAGAUACCUCAUGAGAUUAUAAAAGCCUAUUUUUCUUAAAACAAAAAGUAUUAUCUAUAUACAAAAAAAAAUAUAUAUAUAUUUUUAAUACAGAGAGAUUCGCGCGGGUAUAAAUUAAAUGUUGACACUACAAACUUUUGAAUAUGCCUAUCACAGGCUUAAUCUGUGAAAAGGCAUUAAAAUACUUUUAAGAGGCAUGUAAUGUGUUCCUAGUAUUAUGAAAUAGAAAUUCAUUUUUCUUUGGUUCAAAUUAAAAACAAUCAUCGAUUUUUUAGCAUACAUGUCUGAAGAUGCAGCUUUUAGCAUACGUUUCAAGAGAUAUAGCUUGCAUGUAUUGCAGAAUAUAUACAUAUAUCUAUAUAUACACGCAAAUAUAUGCGAAUGUUAUAAUUUGCUAAAUUUCACAAUAAUGAAAACGGGCAGUUAUUGAUUACCUGGCGAGAAUGUACAAAAGAAUAUGAUGCCCCAUUUCACACAACGUGAUGCAUGUACUUGUGAUAAUUUUCUUAUACUUAAUAUUAUAUAUAUAUAUAU